CAAGUAGCUGAGAUUACAGAGUUAGGCUUGCUGAGGGGCAGGCGCAGGAGUCCUGGCUGAGCUCAUGACCUGAGGCUGCCGAGCGGCAGCAGGGAGUGGUUGCAAUGGCGGAGGCAGAGGCAGGGGUGGCAGUGGAGGUCCGUGGACUGCCUCCUGCCGUGCCCGACGAGCUGCUCACACUCUACUUUGAAAACCGCCGACGCUCUGGAGGGGGGCCUGUGUUGAGCUGGCAGAGACUGGGCUGCGGGGGCAUCCUCACCUUCAGAGAGCCUGCAGACGCCGAGAGGGUCUUGGCCCAGGCAGAUCACGAACUACAUGGUGCCCAGCUGAGCCUGCGGCCAGCUCCACCACGAGCCCCUGCACGCCUGCUGCUCCAAGGACUGUCCCCUGGCACCGCACCCCAGCGUCUGGAGCAGCAUGUCCAGGCCCUGCUGCGUGCCUCGGGGCUCCCAGUACAGCCCUGCUGUGCCUUGGCCAGCCCCCGGCCGGACCGGGCUCUGGUCCAGUUGCCCAAGCCCCUUUCAGAGGCAGAUGUGCGUGUCCUGGAGGAGCAGGCCCAGAAUCUGGGCCUGGAGGGGUCCUCGGUGUCCCUGGCCCGGGUGCCCCAGGCCCGAGCAGUGCGUGUGGUGGGGGACGGCGCCUCUGUGGACCUGCUGCUGCUGGAGCUGUACCUGGAGAAUGAGCGCCGCAGUGGUGGGGGGCCCCUGGAGGACCUGCGAUGCCUGCCGGGGCCCCUGGGCACUGUUGCCUCCUUCCAGCAGUGGCAAGUGGCAGAACGAGUGUUGCAGCAGGAGCACCAGCUGCAGGGCUCAGAGCUGAGCCUUGUCCCCCACUACGACGUCCUGGAGCCUGAGGAGCUGGCUGAGAACACCAGUGGAGGGGACCACCCAUCCACCCUGGGGCCUAGGGCUACCAAGCAUGCUAUCCUGAGGACUGGAGGGCUGGUGACCGCUCUGCAGGGUGCAGGGACUGUGACAAUGGGCUCUGACGAGGAACCAGGGCAGUUAGGGUCCUCUCUGAGGACUGGUCCCAUGGUGCAAGGUACAGGGACUAUGACGACGGGCUCUGGCGAGGAAUCAGGGCAGUCAGAGGCCUCUCUGAGGACUGGUCCCAUGGGGUCUCUGGGACAGGCAGAGCCAGUCGGCUCAAUGCCCAUGGGGUCUCUCGAACAUGAGGGGCUGGUAAGCCUGAGGCCUGUGGGGUUGCAGGAACAGGAGGGGCCCAUGAGCGUGGGGCCUGUGGGGUCUACAGGCCCAGUGGAGAUCUCUAAGGGGUUGCUAGGGCAGGAGGGCCUGGUGGAAAUUGCCAUGGACUCACCAGGGCAAGAAGGGCUGGUGGGUCCCAUGGAGAUCGCCAUGGGGUGUCUGGAGAAGGCCGGGCCUGUGAGCCCAGGACACGUGAAGCUGGCGGGGCAGGAGGGCCUGGCGGAGAUGGUGCUGCUGAUGGAGCCAGGGGCGAUGCGCUUCCUGCAGAUCUAUCAUGAGGACCUUCUUGCGGGCCUGGGAGACGUCGCUCUCUUCCCACUUGAAGGACCGGAUGUGACUGGCUUUCGGCUCUGUGGAGGCCAGACUUCCUGCCAGGCGGCCGAGGAGUUUCUGCGGAGCCUGCUGGGCAGCAUUAGCUGCCAUGUGUUGCGCCUGGAGCACCCGGGCAGCGCCAGGUUUCUCCUGGGCCCAGAAGGGCAGCGCCUUCUCCAGGGGCUGGAGGCUCAGUUCCAGUGUGUCUUUGGGACAGAGCGCCUGGCCACAGCCACCUUGGACACAGGCCUUGAAGAGGUGGACCCUACCGAGGCCCUCCCAGUGCUCCCUGGUGAUGCCCACACCCUGUGGCCCCCAGACAGUACAAGUAGUGACCAGGAGGACGUGAGCCUAGAGGAGGUCCGAGAACUGCUGGCCACCCUGGAGGGCCUAGACCUAGACGGGGAGGACUGGCUGCCUCUGGAGCUGGAGGAGGAAGGGCCUCAGGAGCAGCCAGAGGAGGAGGCGACCCCAGGGCAUGAGGAGGAGGAGCCUGUGAUCCUGGCACCCAGGCGGCUGGAGGAGGAGGCCGCUCUGCAGGUGGCCCUCCACCGGUCGCUGGAGCCUCAGGGUCAGGCGGCUGAGCAGGAGGAGUCUGCUGCCCUGCGCCAAGCCCUAGCCCUCUCCCUGCUGGAGCAGCCCCCGUUGGAGGCAGAAGAGCCUCCAGAUGCGGGGACUGAUGGGAAGGCCCAGCUGGUGGUGCACUCGGCCUUUGAGCAGGAUGUGGAGGAGCUGGACCGGGCACUCAGGGCUGCCUUGGAGGUCCACCUCCGGGAGGAGACAGUGGGGCCCUGGCGCCGCACACUGCCUGCAGAGCUGCGUGCCCGCCUGGAGCGGUGCCACGGUGUGAAUGUUGCCCUGCGCGGUGACUGCACCAUCAUCCGUGGCUUCGGGGCCCAUCCUGCCCGUGCUGCCCGCCACUUGGUGGCACUUCUGGCUGGCCCCUGGGAUCAGAGUUUGGCCUUUCCCUUGGCAGCUUCAGGCCCUACCUUGGCGGAGCAGACGCUGAAGGGGCCCUGGAACAAGCUGGAGCAUCUGGCAGAGAGCACCGGGGAAUUCCGAGAGGUGGUGCAGGCCUUCUACGACACCCUGGACGCUGCCCACAGCAGCAUCCGCAUCGUUCGCAAAGGCCCAGGCUCGCUGCGGUCACUGUGCUGGGGUCACUGUGCUGAUAACACUGCGUGGGGCACUCUCAACUCUUGAUGUUCAAAGUUGUGCGUGAGGCCAGCAGCAUCACCCUCCACCAGGAGCUGGUCAGAAAUGCAGAAGGAACCUCUGGUUGUCCUCAGACCUGACCACCACCAUCACCACCAACACCACCAACACCACCAACACCAACACCAUCACAACAUCGCCAUGACCCUCACUACCAUCACCAUAAUCACCAUCACCAUGACCCUCACCACUCACUGUCAUCACCAUCACCAUCACCAUCACCAUCACCAUCACCACCACCAUCACCACCACCAUGGCCACCAUCGUCACCAUCACCACCAUUAGCAUCACCACUAUCACUGUCAGCUUCACCAACACACCUUCACCACUCACCACCACCAGCAUCACCACCACCCAGACGCACUGAGCUCAUAUCCUGGUGGUUUUGUUAAUUAUAUGUACUUGGUUCUUCCGGUGAGCACCUUUAUGACUUUAACUGGUACACUUGAAUAUUUUUUUUCACUUGACAGCUUUAGAGAUUGUUUCUUGCCUUCCUGCAAGAAGGUAAGAUGGAGGAGAAUGGGCCUCGCUUCUCUCUCUUUUGCCUCCUUCCUCACCUUCCAUCUCAAUUUGGUCAGUUACAUUAUUUUUAUUAUGUAGUAAAGGUUUCUGUAACUAUCACAAAGCCUCCAUGCUUGGACCAUAGGUUGGUAGACAUACUAUAAUAAUGAAAAAAUAUUUACCAUUGAGCCAUAGAAAGAGAAAUGAAAUCCUAGUUAUUAAAACUGUGUUCUGUGAAAAAGGUAUUCUAGAAUUCAAGGCUAA